UAAAUACAGCCGAUUACGUUCUCGUCCUAGAACUUGCAAAAAACCAAGUAAAGUGCACACGGAAAGAUUCACCGGCGGAGUCCGGAGCUAGGAAGAUUAGUAAUACUUAGAUCGCACGGUGUGAUGUUAACGAGAAUUCUUAAGCAACCAUCAUGAGCGUAAUCGAUUUCAUUCUGAGCAGAAACAGUUGUUAAGCAAAGACAAGCUGCAGCAGCAAGCAAAGCAGGCUUUGUUUUAUUUGGAGACGAUAGCCAUCCUGCCCCAAUUUACCGUUCCCCAACACCCAUGCGUCGUCGUAAGUAAUACGGAUCACACCGCGAGUGAGCGCUAGAGAGUGUGUUUACCCUAGAGCGAACAGUAUUCGAAGGGUAUAUCCUUGUGGGCCCUCAAUUCCCCGGAUGCUUAUCGUUAGUGUAAGAGUUGGCAGAUCAUUCUUCAACCAUUUUUCAAAAUGAUAAGAAGACUCUUCAGCACGCUGAUUACGGACUGUCCGCCACCGGGAGACUUUUUGCCCGCACCGAUCUACCCCGGAAACAGCAGCAACAGUAACAGCAACAACAGUAAUCAACAUCAAUCGGCAUCUGGCGGUGCUGGACCGACCGAUUCGGCGCUACCGUCCGCGUUUCAGCCUGCUGCUUCGUUACAAUCGCUAGCAUGGUUACACACGACCUCGCCCUGCUUCCCCGUGUCCGGAGAUCGUAUCGAGGUGAUCCGCGAACCGACCGCCUUUUACAACACGUUGCUUGAGAAGUGUACAACCGCACGGCGUAGGAUAAUGCUCGCGAGCCUUUACCUCGGUACCGGUAGCCUCGAAACGAGACUCGUGCAUGCGAUACACGAGAACCUGCAGCGUAACGAUCGGUUGCGUGUGAGUGUGCUGCUCGAUUUCACGCGCGGUACACGAGGCGUCAGCAACAGUAAAACGACGCUCAUGCCAUUGGUGGAGGAAACGGACCACUUCCGGCUCUCGCUUUACCACACCCCGGUAUUGCGCGGUAUGACCAAACGGUUGGCGCCACCACGCUGGAACGAGCUGCUGGGCAUACAGCACAUGAAGCUGUAUCUUAUCGACGAUACGGUCAUCCUGUCCGGGGCGAACCUCUCGAACGAUUACUUCACCAACCGGCAGGAUCGCUACGUUAUGAUCGAGGAUCGCCGUUUAGCCGAUUUCUAUGCACAGUUCCUAGAUAAAGUGCAGGAGUUUAGCCUGACGGUUGGGCGUGACGGUGAAACGAGGCUUCAUGACACCUGGACCAUGCUACCGUACAAGUGCACCCAGUACGAGUUCGCCACCGAGGCCCGGGAGCGAGUAAGGACAUUCUUCCGGGGUGUCAUAGCAGAGCAGAGGAACCUCUUGCAACAACAGCAACAGCAGGACGACGGUGCCGAUACGUGGAUCUUUCCGCUGAUCGAAAUGGGACAACUCGGUAUUCAUCAUGACAGUUUGGCAACGAAGCAACUUCUGUCCGGGUGUUUACGCGGUUCACGCUUACAGCUGGCCACGGGGUACUUUAAUCUUACGGAAACCUAUAUGCGCACGUUGACGAACGAUUGCCAGGCACAGUGCAACAUCCUGAUGGCACAUCCGAAUGCGAAUGGUUUCCUUGGAGCAAAGGGUCCGGCUGGUGGCAUCCCAGCCGCUUAUUCGCUGUUGGCACGCAAAUUUCUCGAAUCACUACGCAGUUCCGGCCAAAGCCAUCGUGUUGAGCUGUUCGAGUAUGAGCGACCCGGAUGGACGUACCAUGCGAAGGGUCUGUGGUACUACCUACCUAAUUCCACGCUGCCCAACGUGACCCUGAUCGGUUCGUCCAACUUUGGUGAACGGUCCGUGCACCGGGAUCUCGAGGCACAGAUCUGUCUCGUAACGACUAACGAUGGACUGCAGCGCAAGCUACAGGCAGAGUACGAAAAUCUUCUUCAGCAUGCGACGACAGCCGAAACAGAUUUAGUCAAUCGGCCCGUACCACGCUGGGUGCGGGCAGUCGUCGGGCUGUUCCGGAACUUUUUCUAAUCUCCGUCUCAGCUACUCCUCGAGGCCUCGGGAAUAGUC